GGGCGCCCGCUGCCAUUGGCCGGGAAGAUGGCGCUGAACAGGAACCACUCGCAGGGCGGCGGGGUCAUCGCCCCCCCCGGGGAGAGUAUUCUUAAGCAUUGUAAAGAUGUGGAGCUUUCCUUCAGCGAUGUGUCUGACAAGGCUGAAAUCUUCAAAGGCACCAAGAAGGGAAUGGUAUACCUCACCCCUUACAGGAUGAUUUUUGUAUCUAAAGGCAAGGACCCCCUGAUGUCCUUCAUGAUGCCAUUCUACUUGGUGAAAGGGUGCUCCAUCGAGCAGCCUGUCUUCGCUGCCAAUUACAUCAAAGGCGUGAUCCAGGCUGAGGCAGGAGGGGGCUGGGAAGGGCAGGCUUCCUUUAAAAUGACUUUCAACAGUGGCGGAGCGAUUGAGUUUGGACAGUUGAUGUUCAGGGUUGCCACUAAUGCUUCCAGAGGGGCUCCUGCCCAGAAUACUGGCUAUGGCUAUAUGCCUGCUUUUGGGGGGUACACCCCUAUUCCAGGAGGUUAUUCAUCUGCACCAGGGGGCUAUGCCCCUCAGCCAGCUAAUGGACCUUCCCCUUAUGUACCACCACCAAUGAAUGGAUAUGGACCAGCUCCACAACCCAUGGGAUACCCUUACGCACCGCCUCCAGGCAUGUACCCACCUCCUCCUGACAUGAACCCCCUGUAUAUGGCUCCUCCUCCCCCAUACCCCGGCCCUCCUACCGCAGGACCUUCAGCCCCCACAGUUCCCACAGCCCCUACAGCCUGCAUGGAGCCUGGAAUGCCAGGUGGCAGUAAAGCAGCAGAAGCAGCUUCGAGUGCCUAUUACAACCCAGCCAAUCCCCACAAUGUCUAUAUGCCUAUGGACCAGCCGCCUCCUUAUGCACCUCCUGCUGAGAAAAAGAACAACUAACAGAAAGAACCCACCCACCAAGUGCUCACGUUCCUUCUCCCCAAAGACACUUCUGUCCUCACCACCACCCCCUCAGUUCAGUGUAUCUCUAGGCUUCAUGUGUGUCUAUAAUAUACAUAGCGUUGGGUGGCAUAACACCCGCCCUCUUUAAACAUUGAGUGUGACAAUACAAGUGGAAUAGCAGAAGCGGCAGCAGCGUUUUCCUGCCUGAUUGCUUUCCAUCCCAGGGCCAGAGCGUUGUCCCUCCGAGGCUUUUGCCAUGAGUUUGAGGGGAGGGCUGAAAUCUUAGACCAGCAGAGAAAGUGCAUCGCUAACGUAGGAAUAAGAUAAUACGGCUUCUUGAUUUGAGUGAAGGAAAAUGGUUUGAGACAAUGGUUUUAAACUUCCUCUGGGGCAACCGUAAGUAAGAAGGAAAGAGGCAAUGGGCUGCGGGGUUUCCCCAUGUUGGUAUAAAGGAGGAGCAUGUUAUAUUUUUCAUGGGUGCUGUUCCCUUUGUAAGGGAAUCAAGUGAAGUGCUGGAGGCUUGUCACCUCAGCUUCAUUGGAGCUGGGCCACGUUGUAACCUGGGAAAUGGCUCCUGAGACGCACUCAACCUAGUUAAGCAUUUUGCAGUGUGGGCUUCAGUGUGGAGAGGCCAAGUACAAUGCUAACUAAGCAGUAGCAGCAAGGGAGCAUGAACUGGCUUUGGCUAAAUCACUAGCCCUGUGGGAAAGAGGAGCAAACACAGGUGCAGUUUGACACCUGCCUUGGACACAGCAAAGCCCCUGUCACCUUUCCCAGGAAAUCUGCCUCUCUCAAAAUGGGAGAUGGCCGGAAGAGGUGAGAUGCCCUACUUGCUGGGGUGUACAGACAUCCAGGGGUGCCUGGUUUUUCCUCCUCUCCUCUCUUAUUGUGAGACGCUGCUCUUUUGUAUUGUAAAUGUAGUUUUGAGGAGAGGGGGAUGUGUUAGCAGAUCUCUUCAGUGCAGUGAAAGCCAGACUCUGUGUCCACCUGAUGCAGGCGGCCAAUGAAAGACUUGGGAGGAACCCAUGCGUCUAACCUGGAAAAGGGCAGUGGCUUUCUAAAAGCAGCAUGCCCGUGUAGAUGGGCAGCAGAAAAGCAAAUUGGGACUGGGUGGAGGGGAGUGGAAUCUGGGCUACAGAGCUCUGAGCAAAUGGGAGUGGGAAUUAAUCCAAAUCUUCCUUUCAUUCUCCUAGAAACUGGCCCCUCUGUGCAGCAGUGCUGUGUGCAGCAGCAGCCACGCUGUGGGUGCGGGUGAGUGAGAAGUGUUAGGGUUUUCUACUGACAGCAUGUUUCACCAAGGAGAGAGUAACCCUUGGCAACAACCUCACCAUAGGGAUGGGGUCAGAAGCUAUUGCUCUGAGCAACCUCAUACCCUGUGCUAGCUUCCCUAGAAAGCACUGGGUGGGGGCGGAGAGGGGUCCGUCUCCCCUCCACGGGCAACUAAAGCCGUGCUGCUAUGAAUGUGCUGGCAUCUGAACAGUAGUGGGGGUGAGGAAGAGAAUCUCAGUGGGUGGGGUGGGUUGGUUUGUUCAGUGGAGGUGGGGUAACUGGAUGGCUCUUUACUGCUUGCAUGUUAUCCCCUGGGGUGAGACAGUGCCCAUUCACCAGUAAUAACCAAUAUGUUUUUGUAAUGUAGCUGUUACUGCUAACUCUAGGCUGUUACUGAGAGUAGAGCAACUCAGCCGGGACCUUCUCUUCUCCCUUAGGAGCUGAUGCCCCGCGAACUUGCUUCCCAAAGAGAAUCUCAUGUGUCUAAUGGAGCAUCUGAUUCCCAGUGUAGGGCUUGCUCAGCCCCUCCCCACCCGGUUUUCACUCAGGGGUAGGGACUGUUUCUCCCCCCCUCCCCCCUUUGCUCCCUGUGUGCUAGGCUAUUGUACGAGCAAGGCUCACACAAGGUGUGUGUAUUCCUGUUGCUGCCUGACAUUCUUCCGCAUAGCAGCCAUCUGCAAGGGAGGAACUUCCUUUUCUAAGAAACCUUUUUAAUCUGAGUCAAAGAUUCUCUAAUUACUUUCUGGAAUUAAAAAUGUUCUGCCAUCAAUGUUUGUAAUAUCUUUUGUGUUGCACUUUAAUACAGAAGCAUUGGAACCUUCAGGCCUGUGUAUCAGUUCAGUGGUUGCGUGUAACCACCAGUGUGCCGUGGAAUGGAUAGGAUGUGAAUAGCGAAAAACAUAACUGGUUGUGGGAUUGUUUUUGUGGCUUUGUGAUCAGUGCAUGGUCCCUCCCCCAGAGCACUGCUUAGCUGGGCUGUAGAACUAGAGUGGGGAAAAUGGCCUUUAGUUAAAAAUCCCACUCCACUUGCACCUCUGGCUGUGGUUAUAGCCUAUCCCUUAGGCUGGGAGGGGAAGGGGGGCUGCCUUUUGCCAUCUCUGCCUUUGCUGUAACUAAUGUCCCAGCUAACUCAAACUAACACACUAACCCUUUCUUGUGCCAUGCCCAGCACCACUAACGGGCUGUGGGAGUUCUCUGCUAAUGCAGUAUUCCUGCAGCUCUUCUAUAAACAGCUGUUCUCAAGGGCUUGUUUGCCCUGGUCCCACAAAUAGCACUGAUCCUUUUAUUAGUUAAGGAGCAAAAGUGGAAGAUCCUCAGUUCUUCCCCUGCUGCCCAAUUGUGAUAGUGGUCAGCUGUUCCAGCUUCUGGGUGCAGGUUAAAUCCUUGGGAUCAAAAUACCUUUCUUCCACAUUCACCUGCACUUGUAUAGCUUGUCUCGUGCAUCUGAUGCUUGCUUCGCAGAAAGAGCGGCACCAAAUGUGGGAUAGCUUCAAGGGGGGUAGGUAGCUGGAGAAAAAGCAGUCAAAACUGCUUCUGCUGAAGAUGAGUGUGAUUGUCCCAAGCCUGCCCUCAGACACAAGGCUGAGAAUUGCUGCCUUUAUGCUACAGCUGUCAGGGAACCCUGUUCCAACACUCCAAGCUGUAGAACGUGUAGAGCUGCAUCUGUCUUCUGUAACUUGACUGAGAGCUUUGGCUGGAGUGAGCUUUAGCUUAGGUACUGAAUGUGGCUAAGGGCCUACCUGCCAUCAAACUAGCACACUGUCUUACCCAGGUCCCUGUGACAUGUUUGUAGGGUGACCAGAUGAGAGGAAGAAAAUAUUGGGACAGAGGGCGGGGGGCAGCGCCAGUGGAGC